AUGCACACUGCUUCGACCUCAACAGCUUUGUCACCACUAGCUAUACUUGCGUUACCAGCUAGCAAAAGGAUGAAGAUGAGCUGCUACCAAACCGAUAAAAUUUCUGAUUUCGCUCAAGAUACUGACUUCGUGAGGCAUCUUCGGUACCAUAUGAAGCAACUUUGUAUUGAUCAAAAAAAUGUUGUUGUUUACGAAAUAUUGACUGCUAGUGAUCCACCAAAUUUGGAUUACGCGUCUUCAUUGCUCGAUGAAAUGGGGUAUGUGACGAUAUCUGAGCAGAAUGAUUCAUUCAGUUCAAUGCCUUUACCAGUUGCUCUUGAAAUUUUUCGUCUGCUGGAUCCAAAAUCACUUUGCAAAUGUAUGCUUGUAUGCACAUCUUGGAGAAAUAUAUGCCUAGCGCCGUGUUUGUGGCGAAGACUUUAUUCUAUUCAGCGAAUGUUUCGAAUGCGUUCUGUUGAGUCUGAGAAAGAGCAAUUGAAAAAACACACCACGUGUAAUGGUGUGGUCUUAUGGAAAGAAGCAUUCAUCGAACGUUACCGAUUAUGCAGAAAUUGGCACGCUGGUCGUUGUGUCGUCCGCACUUUUGCUGGUCAUGUACAAGGUAUAACUUGCGUUCAGUUUAGCAGUAAGCGUAUUGUAUCCGGAAGCAGCGAUAAUACCAUUCGUGUCUGGGACGUGGACAAUUCAUCUACACCUGGUAUAGGCACCAUGACAUUAACUGGUCAUUCCGAUGCCGUUCGUUGUUUGCAUUUGAAUGGUAAUCGCCUUGCUUCUGGUUCCAACGACUUGACAAUCAAGGUGUGGUCUCUUGCUGUGAAUCAAACGUGGUCGUCGAUCGCUUGUCGUCAAACAAUGAUUGGUCAUACAAAUUAUGUGCGAUGUCUGCAAAUGGAAGAAAACAGACUAAUCAGUGGUUCUUACGAUCACACUUUAAAAAUAUGGUCCACGAAAACCGGACAGUGUACGAAGACUUUAAUAGGACAUAGUGGAGCUGUAAUUUGCAUGCAGUCUAAUGGGCAUUUACUCCUAUCAGGAUCAGCCGAUCUUUCUAUGAAAGCAAGUUUCUAUUAUUGUUGGGAUGAACGAAUGGAUGUUUGUGCGAUGACUUUACAUAAUGCACACGAUAAUGCAAUAACAUGUCUUCAGUUCUAUAAUGACCGAAUAGUAUCCGGAUCUAUUGAUCGGACAAUUAAAAUAUGGGAUCUACGAACUGGAAAAUGCGUUCAAACACUGGACUGGAAAUUGAGUGAAGGACAUACAGGUGUUGUCAGAUGUCUUCAAAUAGACUCUUGGAGAAUUGUUUCAGCAGCCGAUGAUAGAACAAUUAAAGUGUGGAAUUUGCAUACUGGUGAAAGACUCUGUACUCUUCAUAGUCAUACCGAUGGAGUUACAUUAGUUAAAAUGGACUGUGUUGGUAGCCAUGAAGCAGCAAUAUCAAGUGAUGACGAGAGCGUCGAAGAUGAGACUGAAGCUUUGCCAAUUUCUCUGGCAAUGUUUGAUUUCAAACAGUGUGACCCAAAGCGAUGCACAGGACGCAAGCUAGUACGUUAUAAUUUGGUUAAAGUUAUGAAGCUAGGAAGUAAAUUCAGUGGCUUGCUGCUUUCUCCCAAUGGUGAUAGGACACUGUCUGUAGAAGAUGUUGGUUUGAUCACUAAUAAGGGCCUCGCUGUCGUAGAUUGCAGUUGGAAGCAGGUAGGUGUAACUCAUCUGAAGUAUGCUAGAUGUACUCAACAGCGUCUCCUACCAUAUUUGGUUGCAGCUAAUCCAGUGAAUUUUGGAAAGCCAUGUCAACUAAGUUGUGUAGAAGCGCUAGCAGCGGCAUUGUAUAUUGUUGGUUUCAAAAAUUUUGCUGGGGUGAUUCUGUCAAAAUUCAAAUGGGGUUCAAAUUUUUUAACAAUGAAUAAAGACCUGUUGGAAGCAUAUGCGGAAUGCAAGACUAGUGCGGAUAUUAUUGCACGGCAAAGUGCUUACUUGAAAAUGUUGGAAGAAGAGGCAAAAGAACUGAAACAGUGUCCCAUUGAUAUGCCUGAAUCGUAUGACGAAACUAGUAGCAGUGAUGAAUAG